AUGAAUUCCUUUUUUGCGCAGAUGGACCUGCUUGCAAGCAGAUUUGGGAACCCCUUCUCUGGCAUGAUGAGACGCAACUUAGCGGCACGAUCAAACACACCAUCAGGUGCCGUGGACCAAAUAUUACAUCCAGGAACUCCAGCAGCCGAACGGAACAGCAGACUAUGGAUAGUCGACCGCAUCUUGGAGCCCCAAACAUUUAUACAUUUCAUCGAAUUCAGCCUCGGAGGCCGCCUUCCCUCCGGCAAACAGACAACCUUGCCGUUGUUAUCAGAAACAGCCAUAGACUACCUCCAGCAGCCAAUGUCAACUUGGGCGCCUGCACCGUUCGACAAGAACAGCCAAAUUAUCAUGGAAAGAGUCAUGGCCAGUAUUGGCUCGUAUGAAGAUUCAUCUCGGCUCGUAAGCAUCUCCAAGGAAUUGCAUGGGAUGAAGUCGAGGAUCUGGGAGGGCGUGAUGCCGAUUUCAGAACGGAGAUGGGCCGAGUUGCAACUAGAUUCUCCUGAAAACUUCCACGAGGCGUGUCAAUAUCUUUGCGCGGUGACCAAUGUGUUCCACUAUCUAAAUAUUCCUGAAAUUAAAAGGUUUCUUCGCGAAACCUACAACAUUAUCUGGGGAUACUUGGAUGCGUUUGACAAGGCCAUACAAGCUAAGGAAGCAGCUGGAACAGAAACUGGCCCGUCGGUUUCAGCGGCAUCUCUUUGGCAUGAGUUCAUCAAAGACCACUACCAUUGCGUUUCACAACGCUCUCAUCAAUGGGUCACUUCCCACAUUGAGCGUCUUCGCGACCCAAUUCUCGAACAGCUCUCGAACGACACAUUGAUGAACUCUCCGGGAGGCAUGGGAGGAGCUCAGUUCGGUCUGGCAGAUAAAUUCCACGACCUCUUUGAGAACGGUGCGCAAGCGGACAGUGCUAUUUUCAUCCCCAUGGACGGGUACAAAGGCGAAUCUCUACCCUCCCAGGAUGACGCCACCGUCGACACGUCAAGUCCCUACCGAGAAGCGCCCAUACAAUUCUCUGGAAACACUCUUUCGCGUAAAGCCGACUACUACUGCCGCCUCAAGUACCUAACUCGGGUCGAGUCGUGGUCUGGCGAAGAGGCGGGGAACAACGGUUCUGCUGCCACUGUUCGCAGCCAGAUCCGGGCUCAAGCGCGAACUAGAGCUGAACUUCGGGGAGAAGAAUCGUCGAUCGGGACAGAACUCUGGGUGACGUAUGCAAAUCGGAUCAUUGGUUACCACGGUGGUUUAUCAUGGGGAUUUAUCGCGUAUCGUACAUGCUAUGAUCACAGCGAUGAGGAAUGGGAGGAGUUCAAGAAGAAAUUUGAUCAGGAUAUUUCGAACUGGGGCUCGGAACUUCAAGGCGUUGACGACAUCAAGAGACUCUCCAAAGUGGAGUGGAGAGAUGCAAAAGAAAGUGACGUUGCUGCUUUGAGAAGGGACUUUGAGCCAGCUAAUGCAGAACAUAUGGAAAAUUUCCACAACGACAUCUUCCUCGUCGCGGAUAAAGCAGUCAUCGACUCAUACCUUGAGUCUAAGCCCGAGCAGCCGGGUCACGUCCUGGCCAUUGAUGUGAGAUACGACCCGAGCAACGAGGAUCCGGAUCGUGAUGUCGAGUCGCCUGGGUAUGAAGGGUGGCUCCGUAUUCUGGGGAGUUUGUUGUGGGAUGAUCUUGGCCCUUUGCUUCUGCUGCAGACUCAGCAUCUGGCUGACUUGUGGCCACUGGCGCGGAAUGAUGCCCAGAAGAUAUAUCGACAAUCUGUUGCGUCUGUUUCAAAGUAG